AAACCGUCGAGUUAAGUGUCUAAUAGUUCCGACACACUUGACACUUUUAACGCACGUUCGACUCGAUGAAAUGUAAAUUUUUCAGUGGUUUUCAAUGAAACGCGAAUUCGGGCAUUGUUAAACACCGGUAGUUGUUCCGGAGGCGACGCGAAUUCGGCUCCCAUCGCGAGUUUCUCUCGAUUUCGGCGGUAAUUUUUUUAGUUUUUUUUUGAGUUUCUUGGAUUGUGCUUUUUGGGAUUUCGGUAGGCGUUUUUUUUUGAAUAUGCAUGGAUUUGUUGGGGUUUGGUUUGUAAAUCGCAUGUUGGUUUGAAUUCGAACUGUUUACUAUUUUUAGCGAUGACUGAAAGUGAAACAUAUUAUUUAUUACCUAUGUUUGCUAUUUUCCUAUUUAUUAGUGCAUUUUACGAGCGUUUACAACUAAUAGGUGUGAGUAGAGGUUGGAGAGUUUUUGAAAAAGUUGCCAAAAAUUAAAUUUUUCUAACCGAAUGAAUGUUUAGGAACACCUGUUGAUUACGUUAGUUCCAAAAUUAUGUAGAAGAUGCGGAAUACAAUACACAGGUGCAAGGUUGCUUUAAUUUUUCCGAACUGAUUUUAAAUAGUUUUCUGAUAAAAAUAGUUUGUUUUUAAUUUAAUCGCAUGUAGGUAUAUUUACUAUGGCAUUGCAAAAAUUAUCCAUACACCUCUUUUAAGAACUUCUUAAACCCACUCAAAACGAAUUCCCUCUAGAUGACGUCAAAUUGAAUGCAUUAUUUGUUUAUAGCAGAUGUAUGAUUAAUUUUCAACAUUCCAUAGUUAAAUGAUUUAAAUCACGCAAUUUUUUUGUUAUUUACUGCAUUUGUUGUAAUUAAUUUCUACAACAAAUACCACGCUUUUUGUCGUACACAUAAUUAAAUGUAAUCUCACUACUGCUUAUCAAACACACUAAUAUUACAUUUUAUUGUCUUGAAUCCGUAUAUUAUUUCCAGUAAUUGAAUAAUUAACCUCCUUAUUAAACGAAAACAUAACUUUAUUUCAGUCGAAAGUUUAAACAUGGGAUGAAAGCAAUUAAAGUAAUUAUAAUAUUUUAGUAUUGUUCGAGUGUAAUAAACCGACUAAUUCAGCAAUUAAUCGCACUAUCGAAAAGGGUGUUUCCACAGUUUAUUUAUGUAUUGAUUUUAGCUAAUGAAAAUAGACAUUGAGCAAAGAUGAGAUACACCUAUCAUUAGGUAAUAGUUUUAUUUCUAUUCCACUGUGGAUUUCGCUUUCUAAUUUUAGCAACACCUAAGCCCAUCUUAAAUAAUAUUGUGGAGUCGUGUUUGGUUUGCGGAUUUUUAUCUAACGUGAAAGUCUUGGAAAAUUUAGUUUAAUUAGGUAAUUAAUUAGGAUUAGAGGUAUGUGUGUGAUUAAAAUAAAUUUACAUGCAUGGAAACGUAGGAUAAUGGGUUGAAAGGGGGUAGGCGAUUGGAUGAAUCCGUUGCACUUCGAGUUGUUUACAAUGUUAACAAAUCCUGUUCAAAUGCAGCUUAGCAUGUCCUAUAGGACUUGCAGCCCAUCGAUAACAGAAACUAGCGAAAAUGGCUACUCUUGGUACGAAUGCAACUGUUGUCCAUAUGGCUAUCACAUCGACCUGGAUUUCGUCCGCUAUUGCGAAUCGAUCAGCAAGGAAACGGAUAAUCGAACGGGCUCGAUACAAAGAAGAAGAGACAGAAGGAGGCAAAGGCAAUCGAUGGAGGUUCUUUUGGGUCUUAUUCCCCCCGUAAUACCGCCAGCGGAGGAAACUUACAAAACGAUAGAAGAGCAAAAAGACCAGUCUCCGAAUCCAUCGAAAACGAAGGCGACGAAGUUUCCGUUUUUAGCUGAUGAGUUUGAUGAUGCCGUAUCCGAUUUUGAGAGAACACUUCAAAGAUCUAAAAACAAAUUGUCCAAUAACCUGCCAGAUGUUACCGCCGUCUCAGAAAAUUCUCGGAGGUUCCCUUUGACUUCCGGUGCUACCUCGACGAGCGAGGCACCCAAACGACUGGGUUUCGACGGCGCCGCCUUUGAAUUGUCGAGUAUGAGCCCUAUGGCCCUGCAAAACGUCAGGAAACAAAUGGCCCUCGGCCUCGAAAGGACCAAGUUGUUGGAAGAUCAGGUGAAAAUGGUGCCAGAACUCAAGGAACAAGUGAAAUUCCUAGAGGAAGAAAACCGCCGGUUGCUCAACCGGUUGCAAAACGAGCAGAAAAACAAAGAGAACCUGACGAAUGGAAACUACAUCGAACCGCAACACCGGCAACGGUCGCUCUCCUUCACAACAUUGAACAACGCCAAUGCACACAUGAAAAAGGAAUCGUCGCCGCCGCCGCCGCCGCCGCCCAGGAAGGACUUCGGCGUGAUGUGCAGCGUGCUGACCAGGAACGUCGGCGUGGGCCACCAGACUCCGCACACGAAGAACGCCUCGAUCGGCACCGAGUUCUCCGACAAGUGGCUCCACGAGAAGCUGAAGUUCCUGAACGACGUCCAGAAGGCGACCGCUUCGAAGAACACCCAGACGGCGUUCCAGAAGCACCGAGACGUCGGCGUUCAAUUCAAGCACGACAAACCGGCCGUUUCCAAAUUCAACGCACACGUGCAGACCGAGCCGAAAACUUUGAUCGACAAGGGUGUUUCGGUGAAAAGCAAACUGGCGGAUUUCGCUGUACAAAAGUGCGUGGAAUGUUCGUCGGUAGGUUGUUCCGAUGAUACCGUUAACGACGUCGUUUGCGACAAAUGCAACGCGAUCAAAGCAUCCGUGGCGGUCGGUCCGGAUUCCAACCAAGACAGCCACACGUCUCCGAUAUCUCUAGCUUCUUUGACGUCGAGAAGUAAGUCGUUUAAUAUGGGAGAAGACAGGCUCAAUUUCAGCACCAGGACUCGAACGGUAGCAUCGCAGUACGAACCAAACAACAUCAAUCGUGCUUCUCAAGUGGAGAUUCGAAAGCCAUCUUCGACGAAAGCGUGCCAGUUCGAACCGAAGAAGACCGACAAAUGCACCCAAUACGAGAAACACACGAUUUCCAGGCACACCGACACCCAGGAGUUGAUCGUGGUCAAGAAACACGUCGGCUGCGAGGCGAGGGAGAAAACGACGGAAGUCGUCGAUAGAGGAUGCGACGCUGCAACCGAGGCUGUAAUUUGUGCGAAAUGCGAAAAAGAACGCGAAGUUUGGAAGAAAGACGGGGGCAGCCCGACGCCUUCUAGAAUACCUAGACUGCAAUUACCUACCAACAAUGUGGAAACUAGGAAAUUGAAGAGGCAAGACACUUACACGAAAGUGUAUACACCUAUAUCAGAGAAACUGCCUACAACUCAAGCAAAAUUGUCUGGUUUAGAUUUACCAUCUAAAGUCAUAUCAAACGAUGCAGAUCCGCUCGAUAACGUGAAAAGCAAUUUAAAAUUAGACGAAACGAACGUUCACGCUCAAAACGGUGUCGCCUCAACACCUCCAAUCACUAAGGUCCAAGUGCACGAGAUCACGUUGCCCAUAUCAGAAUCGACAAUAUUUCAACCCAACGCCGAUCAAAACAGGAAAAAAGUUGUGCCCAGUAAAGAAAUGCAGGGCGCGAUGAAAGUGCUCAACGAUUCCCUAAUGAAGAACCCUUCGAAGAAGAUGGUGAACCACAGCGCGAUAAACAUCGUCCAAACCGAGUGGUUUAAAAUAUCCAGCCAAAUAACGGCCAAUCCGCUGGACGUCGAGGACUACUUGGACGCCCUGGAGGACAUGUCCAGCUUGCUGCUGGAGUACGUGGUGAACAUGAGCGACUCCAGCGGCAACACGGCGAUGCAUUACGCCGUCUCGCACGGCAACUUCGACGUCGUGUCCAUUCUGUUAGAUUCCAAAGUAUGUGAUAUAAACAAACCGAACAAGGCCGGGUACACCAGCGUCAUGCUCGUCUCUCUGGCCGAAGUGCGAUCACAAACGCACGCGAACGUCGUCAGAAGGUUGUUCCAACUGGCCGACGUUAACAUAAGGGCGAAACAGCAUGGCCAGACAGCGUUGAUGUUGGCUGUGAGUCAUGGACGAUUGGAUAUGGUGAAAAUGCUGCUCGAAGCUGGAGCAGACAUUAAUAUUCAAGACGAGGACGGUAGCACAGCUUUAAUGUGUGCAGCUGAGCACGGCCAUAUUGAAAUUGUGAAACAUUUCUUGAGCCAACCGGACUGCGACUCGACUAUUACUGAUGUGGAUGGUAGUACAGCUUUGAAAAUUGCCAUGGAGGCCGGUCAUCGACAUAUCGGGGUGCCGUUGUAUGCCCACGAAAGAAACAUGCAAAAGCACAACCCAAAAUUGAAGAAAAAAUCCAUCGGUAGCCCCAAAACCCCAUCCUCACCUUUGGCUGUGAGAAGCGGCCAUCGUGCCUUAAUGGACCUAAAAUCCAAGUAGAAGUGUUGAAGGAACUGGAAACGAUAGAUACCCCCAUCGACGAAAAUCGACGUCUGCGCGAUGAUCGCUGUAUUCCGUGUACUUCGUAAUUGUUGUAGGUGAGAUUCCAAAAGCCAUUGCAAAGUCGAAAAUAACGUUUCUUUUUGAAUGGCGAAAAGGAUUUUCGAAAUAACGUUUACUCAAAAAUAAGUUACGAAUUGUAAUACGAAUUUUUACGUUUAUACCAAAACAACCCCUACCUAAAACCAUUUUUUAUGAACUGUAAUUAGGUAUAUUACGAUUUUAAAUAUUUUAAAAUUUGUUAAUCUGAUUUUAUAUAUUAUGUAUAUUAUUAAUAUAAUUUUAUUUGUAUAUUAUCAAUUUGGAUUUGGAAUAAAUACUGUAAAUUUAUUCAAACCUUCUUUAGCAAAAAUUC